AUGAGUAUCCACUUCGUAUUCAUUUCAGCAAAAUAACGGCAUUUCCCAAAUUUUCUUCUCAACUUUCGUGCUUCACAAAGAGACCUUCGAUUCCUUCAACCCUUUUUCCGUGCUUUUUCAAUCUCCAGAAAAGCGAUCCAAUCGCGAAUUUGCAAGCCUUUCAUGGUUUCCGAAGAAUCGAAUGCCUUCUGGCUCUCUGGUGUGAGGGCUUUCGAGUCAACGUUUUCUUGUAGAUCCCACACGAAUUUUUGAGCCAUAAACCAAGAGCCAGUACUCCAAGUACUCUCUUGAUGUUAGUAACUAAGCAAUGCAGUUAUAUCAUCAUCCAUACUCUUUGAACAGCCAGAAGGUGAGACUUGCCCUGGAAGAGCAAGGCAUCGACUACACGUCGUAUCAUGUCAAUCCUAUCAUGGCCAAGAACAUGGACUCCUCGUUCUUCAAGAUGAACCCGAGUGCAAAACUUCCCGUCUUUCAAAAUGGUUCCCACGUCAUUUUCGACACAAUCGAGAUAAUUCAGUAUAUAGAGAGAAUUGCAGUUGUAUCCUCGGGAACCGAGGACGUAAUGCCGAGUAACAGAGAAGUUGUUGAGUGGAUGCAUAAGAUACAACAAUGGAAUCCAAAGUUUUUCACUCUCGCCCACGUGCCUGAGAAGUACCGACUUACCGUGACCAAAUUUGUAAGGCGUGUCAUUAUCAGUCGGAUGGCCGAAACUCCUGAAAUGGCAGCUGCAUACCAUCAUAAGCUCAGAGAAGCAUAUGAGACAGAAGACAAACUGAAAAACAAAACUGUUAUCAAACAAAGCACAGAUCAUUUAGUGAGACUUCUCGACGAAAUCGAGUCGAAGCUAGGCGAAACUGCAUUCCUGGCAGGGGAAGAGUUCACCAUGGCUGAUGCCGUGCUCAUCCCGGUGCUGGCUCGACUCGAGCUGUUGAAGGUGGCGGACGAGUAUAUAGGAGGCAGCAGCAGCAGACCAAACAUUGCAGAAUAUUGGAUGUUGGUGCAGCAGAGGCCAAGCUAUAAGAAGGUGAUUGGAAAGUAUUUCAAGGGAUGGAGAAAGCACAAAACACUUAUGAAAACAUGGUGCUUUCUUCAUAUCAGAACCUUGCUAAGGAGAUAUUGAUCCCAAAA